AUGGCAUUAAGAACCUCCAAUAUCAAUCAAAUACUCAAAUUGACCCUCUUCUUUGUUAUUGUCUCUCAAAAUUUUAUAUUAACUGGUUCCUAUUCUUUCUCUAUUUAUAGGAAUGAUGCCAUUCAGCAUAAAUAUAAUAAUUACUCUUUUGUUUCAAACAAGGUUUCAGAAAAAUUGAGAUCGAAAAGAAAUGAACCAUUGUAUCGCACAAAUUUACACACACAUGAGUUAAAAUCGACUACUAAUGAGGUCCAUUGCGGUGAAAUAUUAACAGGAAGGCCAAUGAAAAGGAACCAAGAUGGGACUAUUUUAGUAGAUGUAGGACUAUCGCAGCCACUAUUGGCAUCUAAAUCGUCACUGUACUUUAUGAGCGAAGAUGAACAUUAUAGAUUAAACACACUGUUGAAUAAAAGAAAAAAAGAGGAAGAAGACAGUAACUCACUAAAUAGUAUAAUAUACGAGACUAUAUAUAACGCAAAAAAAAUAGUACCAAGGAAAAAUGUAACAAACUUUAAACCAAAAUAUAUGUACCCGAACGACUACGCAAAGAGUAUGAAAAAAAAGGAAGAGUAUAUACCGUAUGAUAUAGGAGUAGGAAGUGAAAUAAGGCCUCAGGACUACUCUCUGCCCCUGGAGCCUAAGACACCAGAAUACUUAAAAAACAUGGAAAAGAUGGAGUUUGUAGUAACGGAAAUAAACCCAUAUUCCGAAUAUAUCUACGGAGAUUUCUUUUCAGUGAAUAUAGUGGAGUCGAAGAGGAGAAUGUACUCGUAUCUACACCUUGAGUCAAUAAAGCAAGGAGCAAAUUACAUACAGUACGAUGCAGUGAUAAAGGAGAUUAUGGGAGAGGUAGUAAAGGUGCAAAUAAUCAACGGAAAGUACAGUUAUAUGUACGGAGUAAACGGAUACACAUUGGCAAACGAGUCAGAUAAAAUAGGAGACAAGAUAAAGGUAUACCUGGCAGGAAGCGAUUGGGCACUGGAGCAGGCGUACCUGUUUAGGUCUCAAGUGUCGCAUCCAAUGCUGAGAAAGGAGAAUUUGAAGAUGCUGAACGACGCAAUCAUAAAAUAUUACGCAACAACAGGAAGGUGGUUUAAAGCGAACGUAGAUAAGGUGACAACAGACGCAGUAGUAUUAAGGCUGUUUGGGCAGAACAAGGAAAUGUAUAAAGGAUACGUGAUGAAGGAUCAGCUGCCAUAUAACUACCCAGAGGAGUUGCUGAACGAAGCAUUCAUACACGGAAAUAAGACGAGUGAGUAUUUCCUGCACAGAGACGCGGAAAUAAACGUGGGAAAGAUGAACUAUAUAUACCACUACGACAGUUCUUUGUACGUUAGAGUGAAUGAGAUACUGAUGGGAAGUCCAAGGUACGACAUGAAGUCAGUGCCGGAGCUGAACAACGACGUGAUGAAUAUGUGCCUAACAACAAAGAACUACUAUAAACCGGACGAAAAAAUGGAUGCAAAUAAGAUAGACGCUAAGACGAAAAUGACAUACCCAUGUAUAGUAAUAGGAAACGAAGGAGGAUUCAUAUAUUUCGCAGUAAAUCAUAAAUUUAAGGAAAAAUUUACACUUGAAGAUGAGUACUAUAUAGGAAUGAUGGAAGCAGGACACUUUUCAACAAACGUAAAAAUAGGAACACUAGUACAGGUGAAAAGAAUAGAUAAAAUAAAUGCUCGAUUUGAAGGAGUGGUGAAUUACGAAUUGCAAGGGGUAUACGCAAGAGAUACCAAAUGGAGGAAUCCAAUUUUUAGAUCGCUGCCCUUGACGGAGUGGAUGAGUAACCUGAAGACAGAAGAGAAGGUGAAGUAUAAUUUGGGGAAUAAAACAUGGUUCUCAGUGCUGCAAAUGAGUAACUAUACAAUCGCAAGCCUGAAAGAACCACAGUUAAACGAGCUCCUGGUGUUCCAGCCACUGGUGGCAGACGCACACGUAGUUGAUCAGUUCCAGAACGAUGAAAUGAUGAGUAGUUUAUUGAGUGAGACGACAACACAUAAUUUAUACGACCGAAAAGGAGAAGAUGAUGAACAAUGGUACAAUAAAGGAGUAGAUAGAUACGACAGUAGUGUGUUGGAGGACUAUAUAAUAAGGCCGUCAUCGGAAAUAGUGGCACCGCCAAUAUGUUACACGGAAAACGAAGAACUGAGAAGAAUACACAUAAAGGAGACCCUGGGAAAGUCUAAGUUCCUAAAGGUGAUGAGGAACGUAAAGUCGUCAAUGAAACUAGAUCCGCGCCUGCUGUUAAGAGAGUUCUUCAUAAGCCCAAGGGGAGAAACGUACUGGAACUUCCUCGAAAAACUUAAAGACACAAUGGAGAGGAGGAAGAUAAGAGCGAAGGAGGCAAUAUGGUUCGAAAGAAGCAUACUGAAGCUGCUCUCAGUGAUGCAUAAAAUAUACCUCGAGGCAAUCUACGAUGAAAUGCCGAAGGAGGAGAUCAUGUUCGCAAGCGUGGUGCCCAAGUCGUUCAACAACGAGUACUACUCAAUGGAGGAUAUGAAGGAAUUCUACGAAAUCGUGAGAAGAGACUUCGUGAUCAACAGAGCAGUGAGUAGGUCCCUGCUUAACGUACUGAAAAUUUUGUCGAGCCCAAGUUACUCGUUCAUGGGUCAGCUGAGAAACAGGCACAGGAAGAUGAACAGCGACGUGUACUUCUACUCCUCAAAAUGGAUCAACUACGGGGGCGUGAAGUCACUGGAGAGGCCGCACGUGUCAAGAGACGACCCUGAUCACGACCUCGCGAUGUCGCAAUUUGAGGGAGAAUCGUCUAAAUUAUCAAUGGAGCCCUACCAGGAAAUCGUGAACAACCCGAGCGGCUUCGUAAACGAACUCGAGGUGCACAGACUGACUAAGAUCAAGAACAUCUACGCUGCACUGCUGAAGGCCAAUCAGCCUCCGAUGUCGAAGUUCAUAAAGCCUGUAGACAACGAGGAGGACAUCGAGGACAUGGAGUUGUCGCUGGACACAGGAGAACUGGAUCAGAGAGAAAUAGACGCAAUGUUCGACGACAUAGACAUAAACGAGUACGCGCUGAACACGCUGGAUGGCUCGAGGGAGAGCCUCAAGCGUCUGUCAAAGGCGUGGAAGCGCCUCAACAGAUUCCCAGAAAUUUUAACAAAGAGAGACAUGGUUGAGACAUCAAGAAGAUAA